CUCUGCGCCUCUGCUUUGCAUACGCCCGCCUGCUGGCGGCUGGGCUGCACUGGGCUCCGCGGCGUUUGCAGCCGGCCCGGCAGCCGCCAGGCUCAGUGCGGGGCGAGCGUGAUCCGGCGCUGGAGCCAGAGCCAGCGGCCCAGGGUCGGCGGAGUCUACGCCCUGUGCACCCGAGGACCGGCGUCCGGGCCUCGGCGCCCAUCCCGGCCAGGGAGCGGCCAGGCAGACACUUCUGAUUUCGGAUGAAAGGGGUGAGUCCGGGCGUGAGCCUCCCUCCUGGCCUGGCUCACCGAGCCUCUUGGCGCCCCAGCUCCGGCCCGGGCUCUGGAAAAUGACUUCACGCUCUCCCCGUUGCCAUCCGGCGGCGGCGGCGCGCUGGGGCAGCCCUGAGUGGUAACCUCGGGAGGCAGCGCCUGGGGCCGAGUGAGCCGAGGCGGGAAUCCCGCCUCUCGCCGGCCUCCUCCCCCGGCUCCCCGGCGGCCGCAGCAUGAAGUGGCGCAGCGAUGGCCAGGAGCGGUAAGAAGCCCGUGGUGCGCACGCUGGAGGACCUGACGCUGGACUCGGGUUAUGGUGGCGCCGCGGACUCGGUGCGCUCCUCCAGCUUGUCCCUGUGCUGCUCCGACUCGCACCCGGCGUCCCCGUAUGGCGGGAGCGGCUGGCCGCCCCUAGCCGACUCCAUGCACAGCCGGCACGACAGCUUUGACACCGUCAACACUGCCCUGGUGGAGGACUCCGAGGGGCUGGACUGCACCGGCCAGCACUGCCCGCGGCUGCUGCCGGACCUCGACGAGGUACCCUGGACGCUGCAGGAGCUCGAGGCGCUGCUGCUGCGCGCCCGUGACCCCCGCAUCUGCCUCCCGGCCCCCGGCGGGCUCCCCCGGGACGCGCUGGCCCGGCUGUCGGUGCUGGUGAGCCGCGCGCUCGUGCGCAUCGCCAAGGAGGCGCAGCGCCUGAGCCUGCGCUUCGCCAAGUGCACCAAGUACGAGAUCCAGAGCGCCAUGGAAAUCGUGCUGUCCUGGGGGCUGGCGGCGCACUGCUCCGCCGCCGCGCUGGCCGCGCUGUCACUCUACAACAUGAGUAGCGCGGGCGGCGACCGCCUGGGCCGCGGCAAGUCGGCGCGCUGCGGCCUCACCUUCUCCGUGGGCCGCGUGUACCGCUGGAUGGUGGACAGCCGCGUGGCGCUGCGCAUUCACGAGCACGCCGCCAUUUACCUGACGGCCUGCAUGGAGAGCCUGUUCCGGGACGUCUACGCGCGUGUCGUGGCCUCGGGGCUACCCCGGGGUUGUGGCGGCCCGGGCUCCGGUUCUAGCUGUGUUCCCGGCCCCGGCCCAAGCGCAGCGCCCUCUGCGGACGCGGAGCGCGAGGCGGCCGGAGGGGGCGCGGCGGGAGGGGGCGCUAGCAGCGCCCCCAGCAGCACAAGUGGGGGCAGCAGCUGCUGUGCCCCGCCGGCCCCGGCCACCGCCGCAGCCCAGCCGGCCGCCGCCGCCGCCAACCACGGCCACGCGCACCACGCGCUGCACGAGGCGCCACGGUUCACGCUGGAGACGCUGGAACACACGGUCAACAACGACUCGGAGAUCUGGGGGCUGCUGCAGCCCUACCAGCACCUCAUCUGCGGGAAGAACGCCAGCGGGGUGCUAAGCCUGCCCGACAGCCUGAACCUGCAUCGCGAGCCGCAGCGCACAGCCAAGCCGGGGGAGCUGCCCGUGUUCAGCCAGUCGGAGCUGCGGACCAUCGAGCAGUCCUUGCUGGCCACGCGCGUGGGCAGCAUUGCCGAGCUCAGUGACCUGGUUUCGCGCGCCAUGCACCACCUGCAGCCGCUGCACGCCACGCAGCACGGCAACGGCACCCCCCUGCACCGCCGGCAGGGCGCGCUCUACUGGGAGCCAGAGGCGCUGUACACGCUCUGCUACUUCAUGCACUGCCCGCAGAUGGAGUGGGAGAACCCCAACGUGGAGCCGUCCAAGGUCAGCCUGCAGGUGGAGAGGCCGUUCCUCGUGCUGCCGCCGCUGAUGGAGUGGAUACGGGUCGCCGUGGCGCACGCCGGCCACCGCCGCAGCUUCUCUAUGGACAGCGACGACGUCCGCCAGGCGGCCCGGCUGCUGCUGCCCGGCGUGGACUGCGAGCCGCGCCAGCUCAGGGCCGAUGACUGCUUCUGCGCCUCCCGGAAGCUGGACGCAGUGGCCAUCGAAGCCAAGUUCAAGCAGGACCUGGGCUUCCGGAUGCUGAACUGCGGGCGGACGGACCUGGUGAAGCAGGCAGUGUCCCUGCUGGGCCCGGACGGCAUCAACACCAUGAGUGAACAGGGCAUGACCCCCCUGAUGUACGCCUGCGUCCGUGGGGACGAGGCAAUGGUUCAGAUGCUGCUGGACGCCGGAGCUGACCUGAAUGUGGAGGUUGUCAGUGCUCCUCAUAAAUACCCGUCCGUCCACCCUGAGACCCGCCACUGGACGGCUCUGACUUUUGCCGUGGUGCACGGACAUAUUCCUGUAGUUCAGCUGCUCCUGGACGCCGGGGCCAAGGUGGAGGGCUCGGUGGAGCACGGUGAAGAAAACUACUCUGAGACGCCCCUGCAGCUGGCGGCCGCCGUGGGAAACUUUGAGCUGGUUAGCUUGCUGCUGGAGCGUGGUGCAGACCCCCUGAUAGGAACCAUGUACAGGAAUGGGAUUUCUACCACCCCGCAGGGGGACAUGAACUCGUUCAGCCAGGCUGCAGCCCACGGACACAGGAAUGUGUUCCGCAAACUGCUGGCUCAGCCAGAGAAGGAGAAGAGCGACAUCCUGUCCCUGGAGGAGAUUCUGGCCGAGGGCACUGACCUGGCAGACACUGCCCCGCCCGCCCUGUGUGCCAGCCGCAACAGCAAGGCCAAGCUGAGGGCCCUGAGGGAGGCCAUGUACCACAGCGCCGAGCACGGCUACGUGGAUGUCACCAUUGACAUCAGAAGCAUAGGCGUGCCCUGGACAUUGCACACGUGGCUGGAGUCCCUGCGGGUCGCCUUCCAGCAGCACCGCCGGCCGCUCAUCCAGUGCUUGCUCAAGGAGUUCAAGACCAUCCAGGAGGAGGAGUACACGGAGGAGCUCGUCACCCAGGGCCUGCCGCUCAUGUUUGAGAUCCUGAAAGCCAGCAAGAACGAGGUGAUCGGCCAGCAACUGUGUGUCAUCUUCACGCACUGCUAUGGGCCCUACCCCAUCCCCAAGCUGGCGGAGAUCAAGAGAAAGCAGACCUCGCGCUUGGACCCCCACUUCCUCAAUAACAAGGAGAUGUCUGACGUCACCUUCCUCGUGGAAGGGAGGCCGUUCUACGCGCACAAAGUGCUGCUGUUCACAGCCUCCCCAAGGUUCAAGGCCCUCCUGUCCAGCAAGCCGGCCAACGAUGGCACCUGUAUAGAGAUCGGCUACGUGAAGUACCCCAUCUUCCAGCUGGUCAUGCAGUACCUCUACUAUGGAGGCCCCGAGUCCCUGCUCAUCAAGAACAACGAGAUCAUGGAGCUGCUGUCCGCCGCCAAGUUCUUCCAGCUGGACGCCCUGCAGCGACACUGCGAGAUUAUCUGCGCCAAGAGCAUCAACACGGACAACUGCGUGGACAUCUACAACCACGCCAAGUUCCUCGGAGUCACGGAGCUCUCCGCCUACUGCGAAGGCUACUUCCUCAAAAACAUGAUGGUCCUCAUUGAAAACGAGGCGUUCAAGCAGCUCCUGUACGACAAAAACGGCGAGGGAGCGGGCCAGGAUGUGCUCCAGGACUUACAGAGGACGUUGGCCAUCAGGAUUCAGUCCAUCCACCUGUCGUCCUCCAAGGGCUCCGUGGUGUGAGCGUCCAGGGUGCGCAGGUGGCCCGGAGCCCAGCUGUCCCACCGCACUGGCUUCCCCGACACACACGAUCCCACCUGGCCUCUGCGGCUCGGCCACAGAGCGGCCUGCACUGCCUCAGCUGCCCUUGAAUCAGUGGGCUCGGCUCCCACACGCUCCUGUUGAAACUCGGGGCACAGAGCGGGGUGCAGCGCGUUCGGUACCUCCAGUCCACACGGGGCCUCCAAGCCAACUGCAGCCCUGGGGCCGCUGUCCCCAGAUGGAUUGAGGCCAGGAGGCUGUUCCAGCUCCUGGUUAAACGGCUGCGCCAAUCCGGAAGCAGUGUGUCGCAUGCCUGCGACCUCCGUGGCUGCCCUGAGCAGAGGUCAAACCUGGUAGCUCUUGGGUGAGGCUGUUAGGCAUAAUGAGGAAAUUAUUUGGCCAAUUUUUAGGGGUGGGAACUUUUUAAACUUGUUCAUACUAUAACAACAACAGGGCAGUCUUGUAGUUUAAAAUAUAUUUCUAAAAGCUUCACCGUUCAUUUCCAGCUGGACCGCGUCUCGGGAUCUGUGUUUCGAGGUUCUCCUCUUCUUUUCUAAUCAGUCAGCCGCAGGUCCACGCUGUGUAAACAUGCGGUCAGCAAGUGCUCGCUGACAGCCUGGACGAGGCGAGCGAACCAUGCCUUAGUGACCACCGUUACACAGAAGGGGUGCACUGCCAAACUCUCUCUAGUCCCGUAGCUGGGAACCAACUGCAUGCUAAUUGUGGUUUCGGGGUGAGGAUAGGACACCCCACAUAACAGAACACGCAUCCGCAUGAGCCAGAACCUGUAGGACGUUACGUUUGCGCUUCAUUUUUUUGCCAAGGUAAAAAAGUCCCAUCUGUGCUUGCCUGGAAGUCCACCUGGUGACAGUAGCAUAACCGUCUCUUCUCUAAUCACGAAUGAACCCGGGAUGCUUGUCAGAAACGCGUUCCUAGAUGAUGUUGGGGGGAGGGGGAGCACGCCUGAGUGUUACUCUUAGCUCAGAGUUUUUGCUGUAUCACAGAAGAUGUUAAUAGUUUGUUAUUAGCCAGAGAGUAUCAGGAUGUUAGACUAUUUUUCAAGAGGAGCCAUGUAUGAUAGAGGUACUUUGUGUAUUCUGGUAGUGUACAGUUAGGUCCUCUCUAACGGAAGUCCACACUGACAGGGACACGUGUGCCCGUCAUAUAUUAUAUACCUAUAUAUUAUAUAUAAGCUAAAGAGAUCGUGAAGUGCCACCGAAUCCCAGUCACUUCUGAGUUGCGGCCUUUCCUCUUGUUCACUUGAAGCCUAGACGCAUACAGUUUAAGUCUAGAGAAUGACUGGCCCUUUGGGGUGGCACAGUGUGGGUGGCAAACCCACUCCUAGCAUGCCCGUGGGGAGCUGAGCCGGACUCUGGGUUCUGAGGAGCUGCUGUCCACCUGUCCGCCUGUCCUCUGCGCCCUCCGUCAAGUCCUGCUCCAUGAGUGACCAUGGCCGUGGCAGCCACCUGUUCCCGGCACUGGCUCCUCUGUGACGCCGCCAUGGGCUUCGUUUCCCUGUGGUCGUCCACUCACUUCUCCGGCCCCACGGUCCCCCAAGGAAGGAGGACGCUGUCUUGCCCGAGGAGAGGACACCUCAGCUGUGGCUGUCCCCACCGCCGGCCGACUCUGUGAAUGUCUGGUGUGCGCUGGGGCCUCUGGGUUUUGGUUUGUACCUGGGCGACUCCCACUGGGGCCUCUGUCGCGGUUUGGUGUGCUUUCUCGGUCAUUAAAGAAGUGAUUUUCCCA